AUGCGUCAAAAAAGAGCUAAGUCGUACAGAAAGCAACUGUUAGUGUAUUCACAUACUUUCAAAUUCAGAGAACCUUAUCAGGUUUUGGUAGACAAUGAGAUAGUUACAGUUUCUAGCAAUUCAAAUUUUGAUUUGGUUAAAGGUUUGAAGCGCACGCUACAGGCUGAGGUAAAACCUAUGAUCACCCAGUGUUGUAUGCAAGCUUUAUAUGAGACACGGGAUCAAAAUGCUAUUGAUAUGGCCAAAGGUUUCGAGAGACGUCGUUGUAAUCAUCCACCAAAAGAACCUAAGACACCUAUUGAAUGCGUAUUAAGUGUUGUCAAUGUAAACGGCAAAAAUAAGCAUAGGUACGUGGUUGCCUCGCAAGAUAUCGAUAUAAGAAGGCAAUUAAGACGUGUGCCCGGCGUACCGUUAGUGCAUAUAUCAAGAUCUGUUAUGAUUAUGGAGCCUUUAAGCGACACCAGUGCAAAGAUUAGUUCAAGAAUGGAACAAGAAAAACUGUACAAAGGUUUGAAUGACCCAAAAUAUGCAGGUCUGAAGUUGGAUGAAGAGGAAGCCACUGAAACCCAAGGAUCUGGGGAGAAGACAGCUAAAAAAAAGAGAGGACCAAAAGGCCCAAAUCCACUAAGUGUUAGAAAGAAAGUUAAAACAUUGAACGAACCAAAGCAAACAGAUAAGAACGACGAUGUUCAAGAAGAGACUACAGAGAAAAAAAAGAGAAGAAGAAAGCAUAGACCAAAAAAGGAUACGGGUAUCAAUGAAGACACAAAUAUUAACGAUGAAAAAGAGUACGAACAAGAAUCAAAUUGA